AAUGAGCUUAUAUUAAAAGACACCAAAACAGACGCACAACAGACCGAAAGCCCAAAACGGAUCCUCAGUGUUGACGACUUGGAGGUUGACUGCGACGGACAUCCUUUCGAUUACGGUAUGCAGUAUACGGUCACACAAUUGCCGUCGUGUCGUACGAAGAAACAGCGGACAGAGUAUCAAAUAACUAUUGAUAAAGUGGACAAAGUUUCUAACAAACGCCUCAGUAGUCUAACUCUACUUCCGAUCAUCAGUAAUAAUAUAGUGACGGAUGCGGUGACGGAUUUGCUUAAUUUCACGGACGCUGUGAUUCUCCGUUUUUCCAAAUGCCUUCAAAGCGGUAAUGGAUUGCGAUUCACCGCAGAUAUGAUGGACACCGAGAGUGUCGACACCGCUCUCGUCAAUACCGAUCAGUCGCUCAGUUAUGGCGAAUCGUUUCCGUUUGAAUUCAAAGGCGAUAUCAAUCGUUACAUCCGUGGCUCGUAUGACUCGCGCGUUGGCGACCCGAUUGCGGGCCCGACGGCCGACACUUUGCUCAAAGCCCUGACACUGUUGAGCGCGAACGACGCCUUCAAUCUGGAGCGCAUGGAGACAAUGGGCGACUCGUUCCUCAAGUUGGCGACGACAACGUUCCUGUACUACGGGUGCCCUGAGCUCGACGAGGGACGGCUCUCGUACUUACGCCAACNUGUUCCGAUGGCUGCCGGAGCCGAAGACUCUAACUAUCUGAAUGUGUUCACCGAUUGCUACCAACGACUCGAGUUCUUAGGCGACGCCAUUUUGGAUUAUCUCAUAACUCGUCAUAUAUUCAGCAUUGAGGACAAGAAGUUCAGUCCGGGAGAGCUGACAGACUUGCGGUCGGCGCUCGUCAACAACGCCUUCUUCGCGUCGAUUGCCGUUAAGUUCCGUUUCCAUCAAUUUCUGAAAGUCUUGUCACCGGAUCUGUUCCACGCCAUCGAACUGUUUGUUCGAGAGUUUGAGAAGAAUAAAGUGAUGACAAUUAACAACAGCUUUAAUCACUUGACCGAUGAAGAGGUGUCCGACUUGGAAGAGGUGGAAGUGCCCAAAGCGUUGGGCGAUAUAUUCGAGUCGGUGGCCGGCGCUAUAUGGCUGGACAGUGGGCUCUCAUUGGAUGCCGUUUGGAGAGUCUAUUUCAAGCUUCUUAAGCCAGAAAUUGACUAUUUCAGUCAUAAUAUCCCAAGAAUGCCGAUCCGAGAGCUGAGAGAGCGCUGCGCGAAAGUGGAGUUCAGUGCAGGGGAACAGAUUACUGGCCGUAAGAUACACGUGAUUGUGACCGCCGAUGGCAGACAAUACGGAGGAAUCGGCAAAAAUACCAAAUCUGCCAAAAUAGCCGCUUCCAAGUGUGCCCUUAAAGCCAUGGCUCAGCAAAAAGUAUAGUUCACUUCCAAACACCGCUUAAUGU